AUGUCAUGUCCUUCAUCACCAUUGAUUGAAAAUUACUUGAGGGAAGCGAGUUUUUGGCACGUGGCCAAUAUAGGCCAGGGGUGUAAGUUGGACAUGAAACUCAUUAGCGCGUUUGUGGAGAGGUGGAGACCCGAGACGCACACAUUCCAUCUUCCACGUGAGGAGUGUACCAUCACUUUGGAGGACGUGCAGUUACAAUUGGGGUUACCAGUGGAUGGGUUCGUACUUACCGAGUCCGCUCAAUCUGCUGAUUGGGGAGCCAUAUGCUACGAUCUUCUAGGUGCGAUUCUGGAUACUAUUUACGGAGGUCGGAUCGAUAUGGGCUGGUUACAAGACACAUUCUUGGCGCUAGGGGAUGAUUCGACUGAAGUGGAAAGAGUACGAUACGCUCGGGCAUACAUCCUUCAGAUCUUCAGAGGUUAUCUGAUGCCGGAUGUAACAGUCCGAUUUUCAGUGGUGUCAAAAAUAGUGUUUUGA